AUGCAGACUCGCACGCGAGCAGGCAGUCAGCGGCCGCUUCCGGCGACUCUGUCCACCACCACCACAACAACGACGACGGCACCAACAACGGCCCCCACGCGUCCGUUGUCCUCCUCAGCACUGCCUUCUCCCUCUGCGGCGCGUCACCGGCCAUCCCGCACCGUCGCACCGCUCACUGAGGACGUGUUCGCCAGCUCGCUGCCGGCCGCACCCGGCGUCAGCUCCCUCCACACCCCGGACCUCUCCACCGGCCACAGCAGCCACCACCCGUCCCCGCCGUCGAACCGCGCCACGUCCUACGUGCCUCACAUGCCGGCGCUUUCGUCUACGACCAACACGCCCACGGCACGGCCGUCGGCCAACUCGCCCUCGCAGUCGCUGCCGACACGCACGGAGAGCAGCACCGCGCUCUCCCCUGGCCGGUUGGCGUCACAGGCCAACACAGCCACCACCGCCGCCGUCACCGCGACAACGAGCCCGUCUGCCCCGCCAGCCCGUCUACGCAGCUUGAGUGACCCCACCACCGUCUGGGACAAGGGAGAUGGCGACGGAGCCGGGGAAUGUGCCGGAGACGCCUCGUCGCAGCAGUCGCCGCGGCAACAACGUCCACGUCGUCACAGCAGCGGAUCGACGAGUCGUCUUCCGCCGACGCUGCAGCCGAGUAAACUGGGUGCGAUGGCGCCCGCCACCUUCCCGGCGACGUCGGCAUCGUCGGUGUGCGUGCUGACCUCGCCAGCGCGGAUGGCCUCCCAGCCGGACGUCACCGCUCUCCCCAUCACCUCGCCAGCCCGUCGGUGCUGUUUGACGGGUGGGGUCGCGCGGGAUGAAAGGCACAGCAGUCCAAGCAGCAACGGUGGUGGCAGCAACGGCGGUGACAGCAUCGAUUGGAAGCCGUCCGCUGCGGCCACCACCGCCACUACCACUACCAGCGCACUGCGGAGUCGCAGCGCAAAUGUGCAGAGGGGAGGCGGUGACCGCAGCGCGCAAGAGGCCCGGCAGGAACCCCUGCCCAUUCAAUCGCCGCCGCCACCGUCGUCGGGUGACAUCGCCGCUGCUGUCGCUGCAACGACGACGACGACAUCGCGACGCGUUACACACGACAACGGCGGUAAUCUUCCUCGUCACCGCACCCUCUCGUCGGAGAUGGAGGCGAUGGGCAACGGGAGCGGCGAGGCCUUCGUGCGCGAGAACCCGCGUGUGCGGGCAUUGGUGAACAACCUCUACCAGCACGUCUUGACGGUUCAACCAGAGGAUCCGUUGCACUACCUAGCCCACCUCAACCCGCACGCCGUGCCGCAGCCGCCGAGCGUGGCCCCGUGCGCAACGGCUCAGCAGGAAGCGCCGUCCGAAUCCGUCAACAACGUCAACAGGGAAGAAAAAGACUCCGUGGAGUGCAGGAGGACGUCGUCGCGGCCCGCGCCGCUGCCUUCGGAUGCCGGCGAUGUUGUGCCGGGCUCGAACAGUCACGGAGGCACGUAUCCACCCAGAACACGUAGUCCGGAAGAGGAAUCGGCCGUCGCAGCCACACCCGCCACUACGACAAUCACCGACACUCGACUCAGCAGCGACGGCGUUGAGGCGAGUGCUCCUGCGCCACCAUCUGCUGAGGCUGCUCCCCCACAAGACCAGCAACCACAGCGGCCACCGCGGAGUCGUCCGGGGCGGCUCGUUACGCCUCUCCCCACCCACCCGCACAGCAACGACAAUGGUGGCGGCGCCGUCGCUGCCGCGGACGUGCCUGCGCGUGGCCGCUCCAGCCCUGUGCAGCCGCGGCAGAGCGGACGCAGCCACCUCGUCAGCGAGCUGGGCAACGCGAACAGGGCAAACGCGAGUUCGCAGUCCACAGCAACCACCACCACCAUACCGAGCAGCGGCAGCAACACGCAGGACAACAGUACCAAUAACAAUGGUAUCACUACGACGAGCUCGUUCGCCUCGCCGGCCCCGGCGCUCACCAUUGACACGGGCAGCAUCGGCAGUACAAACAGCAGCAAUAACAACAGUCGGGCACUGCGCGCCCCACCGCCGUCAGCGCCGACGACGUCGCUCCACACUCGACUCGCCAGCGCUGGAAGUCUCGGCCACACGGCGAACUUCCGCGGCACCCACGGCUCCGGCAGCAAACUCAGCUCCCCUUUUUACCUCCAACGCUCGAGCUUCCACAUGGGCGGGGGACUACCCCAGCACAGCUUCGGCAGCGCAGCAGGCGGCCCGUCCAGCUACCUCCCCUUGUCUCGCGCCAUGGGGCUACAUACAUCAUUUACGGGCAGCGUGUCGGGGCUGGAACGCGGCGAGGCGACGCCCAGCGACGUCAGCUCCCUCUUCAGCGUGAACUCUGUCGACUUGCAGGAGUUUAUGGCUGAGUUUCGCCUCGCGAAGGAGGAGAGCUGCGGCGGCGGUAUUGAGUGUCCGCUGAUCACCUUGGAUGACCUGGCCACGAUUAUGGAGACGGUGGCCUUUCCUUUUCCGGACGGGGCUGCGCUGCUCGACUUGUUUGAGGAGCUGCAACCGUGCGCACGGUAUUGGGCAAAGGCACCUUCUGCGUCUUCACCUGCCACUGCGAUCGCUUUAGAAGGUCCGGCAUCAGCGGCAGCGGCAACAUUACAACCACCACCAUCGUCGUCAACGACGUCGACGCGGGCGCCCGGCAGCAAUCAGAGCCGGCGUCCGCCGCGUGAGGCCUCCAGCGCCGCAACGGUGAAUGGGCCACUGCGGGGAAGCAGCACGGACGGCAACAUCAACAUCAUCAGCAACCACAACAACGGAGGCGCCGCCGCUGCUGGAGUCGAUGGAGCAGGGAAGUUUCACGUGGGGAACUCAGGCGCAACUGGCACCGCUGCUACGGCCGUUACCGCAACGCAUGGCAGUCUGUAUGACGAAUCGGUUCUGCCGUGUGGUGCGUCCGACAGCGGCGCGGCGACGAAGAGGCACAGCCCGCGACGUGCGGAUGCGGAGUCGGUCUCCGCCUUAGCGAGUCCGUUGGACCGCCGCGUGGGCAGCGUGGGCACGGAGGACUCGAUGGAUGUGGCCGUUGCCCGACACUGUGGCAUGGAAGAGGCCCUGCCGGGGACCACGUCGUUUGACGCCCGACAAACGGAGUCCACUGUGGAAGGCGACGGCGUCAGCCACCAGAGCAACACAACAGAGAUGGCGGACCCGAACAUCACGACUUUCAGCGCCCAUCCAGUGCGGGAAUCUCUGCCAAAGAUGCUCGUCCCUGGGCGGCCCACGACAGCAGACGGCUACUUCGCUUCGACCUCGAUUCCACCCCCUCCCCUCGCCAAACGGAGCCUGGCAGAUAAUGACACAGCAGCAGCAGCAGCAGCAGCAAUGCCCACCGUGCCCUUCGAAACAUUUCUGGCGCGAAUGGCGUUUAAGAUUCAAGGCCGCUACUCCGCCGAGGCCAUUCGGAUUGCGUUCUACGGCAUGGUGGUGGACGACAACGAGGACGGCGAGGACGGCGAGGACAACGCGACUGCCACAGCGGUGGCCUCGCAGGUGAACACCCCCGCACUCGCAGAGGGAACGAGCAGCUUUGCGGCAGCGACCACCGCCCAAGGUUCUCGUGGCGUGUACGACCCCUUCUUUUCCAACUCUCUCACCCCGUCCGAGCCCGCCGGCGGGAGCGUCACCCUGACGGCGUUGCACGACGCCAACAUCCCCUCCUGCACGGUGCCGCUGCUGCGGUGCAUCGCGGAGGGCCUCUACGCCCGACUCGGCAUGGUGGACGCCACGGCGAGCGAAGUCCAACGCGGGGUGCACAGUGCCGGUCUGCCCACCGCGCCGGAAGAUCAACGUGCGUGUGAGUGUCACCUGGAGGACUUUGCGCGGCUUGUGCGGGCGGUGUCGACAGUGGCGGACCGCGGCUUUAGUGUGAGCCCGGGUAACUUCUGUCUGUCAAGUCUGCGGGACGGCGCGUUGCCGCGCGGGCCUUCUGCGACGGCGUCGUGGAAGGAGGAGUCGGCGUUGGCGUCCGGCAAAGUCGUGAACGCACCCGCCGCGCACCCAACGUGGCAUACGUAA